AUGUUGGAGUCCGUUUUGGCAGACGUCCUAACCCGCGUCUUAGGUCAAUACCUUGAAGGUAUUGACCGCGACAGCGUCCGCUUCGGGGCAUGGUCGGGAUUGGUUGAGUUGCGAGGCGUCGCCUUGCGACCGGAGGCCCUUGCCGUGCUUUUCGAGACACUGGGCAUGGAUCUUCCGGUUACUGUUGAAGCCGGAUUCAUCGGCUUAUUGCGCCUGCAAGUCCCCUGGAAGGCUAUCGGCUCCACUCCAGUUCAAAUUCACAUGUCAGAUAUUACCAUUAUGGCCCGUCCCGUUUGCGGGGAUGGUUCGGAUGAUUCUGAGCUUAAGAUGCGUGAGAGGAGGAUCAAAAGAGCAAAGUUGGCCACCGACGAUGCCGUAAGGGAGGCUUCUUGGGGCGUGGCAAACGAAGCCGCAUCGCAAGGCUGGGGAAACUGGCUCGUCAGCGAGGAGUUGCGCGCUAAAAUUGUUGAUAACAUCCAGGUGCAACUCUCUGGUAUAUCGCUUCGUUUUGAAGACCCGUUCUCGGAUCCUGCGAGACCGUACAUUGUCUCCAUGGUGUGCAAAUCGCUGAAAGCUGUUUCUGCUAAUGAGCUGUGGGAAGAGGCCUUUGUUGAACGCAGUUCAGAUGCACCUCAAAGUCUGGCCAGAAAGCUGGUUGAAGUCAAAGGCUUUCACAUAGAUUGGGCACCCAUUACUCCACGCGACUCCCCAGGGCUGUCAAGGGGAACGAAGAAUCCUGGCGAUCAGCAGUGUCAUUUUGAUACCCCAGAAAUGCUAAAGCAGUUUAUGUCAGCCGAUAGCAGCUCAAACGCCAACGGUCAGCAUGCAGCACACGGUGUUAAGAGCCUUUUACAACCUGUUGACGGUUUUAUGCGAUUGCGCUUGUCUCGUGGAGCGUCAUCGCCGGCCGUUUCGCAGGAUGCGACUGAGCCGGAGCCAGCUGCCGACCUUGACAUUCGUUUUCCGAAUAUUAGCGUCGACUUAGAUGAUGUUCAGUACGCUAGCCUCUUGCAAACUUCAGUCUACUUUGCCCGACUUGCUACGCGUGGCUUCCGACCGAAAACACCUGCGGAACGGUGGGCAUGGGCAAUUGAUCAGAUGCUGCCGGGCUUCAGCAACCGACGAGAACAAGCCCUACGUUUUACUGAAGACGGUAUUAGCAAAGCUAGAGGCAUACGUUUGUUAUACGCGGGAUACCGCAAGACUAUCUUAAAGUCGAGGAGAAUGGGCAUAGAAGAGCCGCAAGACAUCUCUGGGAACCUAGAAAGACUCGAAGACUCGAUGUCAUUCGGGCAGGUCACGGCAUUGAGAGACUAUGUUGAUCUGCAAAUCGAGGCCGAAGGGGAAACUUGGCUGCCGGCUCCGUUGGAAACCUCAACAGCACAAGAGGUCGAUAAGGAAGGAACGACAAUGAGCUCGUUCUGGUCCAUGUUAGGAUACAAGGAAGAAAAAUCGCCUCCAGACUUGCUGACCGCCAGCGGUGACAGAAUUGCAAAGUCCAGCGGUCUCGCGGAAACCUUGGAUUUCUCAUCUUCGGAUACUGCUCGCGAGUCGCAAUCCCAGAUCGUUCCGUCGCUUGCAUUGAGAGUUGCAUUUUUGUUGCGGGGGGCUAGCGUGCGGCUGUUCCAAAAGGGAUUUCCAAAUCGGUCUAUCCCUCGAGUUUCUAUGAAUUUGCAUGAUCUGAGGGUCGGUAUUCUUUACACUGGAUCAGGCAGUCUUACGAUGGAAGCCGUGUUAGGUAGCAUCGAUGCGUGGGACAUGCGAGACGGAAGGAGGAUGGUGUACAGCAAACAAGCUCCAAUGUCCGACAUGGAAUACGAAGAACUGUUGAAAGGAUUUGAAUCCUCGUACCCACAUGACGUCUUGGAAGCGAUUGAGUCAAUAAGGAACGGGUCAAAUCCCGCUAAAGAUCUGAUCACUGAAGGUGACGAGUUCCCUGACGAUGAGACGGGUCACCUUCCGGGCGACCACUACUUUGGAGCCUUUGAGGAACAGAAUGAUCCUCAAACUUCCACUGACAUCGCCGCGGAGCGAAAAGGCACGGGAAGCCGAUCUCGGGGAAACAGCGGGAUCAGGGAAUCUACGCCACCAAGUUUUAGGGUAACUGAAAGGGAGUUUUUGGGCACUUCGCGCCAGUCACAGGGGACACAGAAGUAUGUGGCUGCUUUCCGCUAUUCGCAAACCAUGACGACUGCAUCCGAUGUAAAGAACGUGUCGGAAAGUAAGCUGGAUGUUUCUGUUGCAACUCUGGAAGCUAUUGUCGACGGACCACAAGGUUCUUUUGUGUGGGGACUGAAGUUCUGGCAACCUAAGGGCAUGGCUCAAGAUCCAAUCAUGGCGUUCCUAGGAGCUGCAGCAGGUCAGAGGAUUGCUGAAUUGCGGAUGGAAAUCGAAACAGCUCUUCUAGCAAACAGAGUCCCACUGGAAAUUAACGCAGUGAUACUCGCCCCCAGAUUUGUUUUCCCUAGCUCAGAAGAGAACCAACCCGCCAUUGUGGUGAAUAUGGGUGUUUUGGGCAUUUGCACAUCAGACAAUGCACCGGAGCAUCAAAGCGAUUCAGAGAAACGUGGUUGCAACAUCCGGUAUUCCAACUACGUUUUGACACUGGACGACCUCGGCAUGUACUUUGUUCCAAACUUGAUGACUGCCGUAUCCCAAGAAAUACGGACAGGGACAAGGGACCAUUCGGUCCCUAUAAUUGAAAUAGGUUUCAAGGACGCCCACUACAUUGAUACGACUCAUGUAGAAAGAAUUAUCAGGCCGUUCUCCCUUCGAUUUCUCCUCCAGACCUUACGAGAUGCUAGUGUCGUUCAAGUUGCCCAUUCUCCGUCUGGUACAAAUGAGAACGGUGGAAGCCAGAUUGCCAAAGUACGUGUUCGGGGAAAUGUUCCUGGUCUAUCUCUGAUUGUCACUCAAGACUCUGUCCAACACUUUAUUGUAGAGGGGCAACGAUGGGUUAGUGAAAUGAAAACGAGCAGUGAUCUGCUAGGUUCCACUUCUAAGCAUCCAUCUGGCGACAACGGUUGGCAACCUCUUGUGGGGGGAAACGAUGACGCGCUGACUGGAUCUAUCGUUGCAACUACCCAAACUAGAGAUGAACAUCGAGAAGGAGUGCAAGACUUGGAGCCCACUCAACCAACAAUGAUGGCAUCUUACGAUGUCAAGUCUUUGAUACAGAGGGUAUCUGUUGAAGUCAGAGACAGUACCGAUGUUCGUCUUGUCACUGCAGUGGCAUCUGUGAUGCGAGCCAGCAUUGUUAAGACAGGUCGCACGAAGCUGCAAGCUGAUUUUUCGUUGCGCAACUGGAUCGUUACCGAUGGUAGCCGGGGCAGCACGGCAGCAUUCAGGAGAUUGGUGUAUGCCGGAGCCCUUGCGGCACCAAAGGCUGUGUCGUCACCUCGCACCACGAUGAGUGCCAAGAAUGAACAUCAUUCAUACACCGAUCGCAAGCAUUUUGCCACCAUUCGAUACGAGGUUGACCUGAUUGCAUCCGAACACAAAGUUCAUUUACGCUUCCUUUGUUUAAACAUGGUCUGCGUUCGAGAAACAUACGUCAGGCUUGCAUCUUUCUUUCACAAAGUUAGCAAGCGGGCAAAGCAGUCGAUUCGUGAUAUGAAAUCGUCUCUGCGUCCGAAUGAUCAUGCCGGCAUGCACCCGACGUCAUCAGGUCCUCUUGAUUAUGCUGGUGAAGCACAGCCGGAGAUUGGGAACGCACUCUCAAAGAGCAAAGUAACCGUGACCUCCGAAUUUGACGGCUUCAGUCUUCAGCUAGUGGCAUCCGGGGGUGCGCUAGCGCUCGUCGAAAUGAAAGACAGCAAGAUUCAUUUUUCGCGUAAUGAUGAAGGUCAUAUGAAGGUAUUUGGGGGCUUCAGGUAUAUCUCUGUUCGUGACUGGACUGCCCCAAUCGCAGAUCACACGAAUGUUAUCACGUAUGAGAAGAUCCCUCAGAGCAAUGUCGAUGUCCUAACUCCCAGCGAUCCUAAUGCUCCCCCUGCUGGCAAAAAGGAAGACAAAUGGACCCUCUUGAUCCCAAAAUCACGAAAGGAGCCAUGUCGGUUUCAUGCGUGCUUUGGAGGGAUCAGAAUUUGCUUUCUAUAUCGAUUUUCUGUUGUUCUUAAGCAGUACUUUUCUGUUUUUCUGGAGGGAGUGAAGCCCGCUGUAGAUGUUGUAUUGGAGCAAGUUGGAGAUCUUGGUAUAGGACAAGAGGGGCCAUCAAGACAAUCGCAUGAUCCGGCUACGUCAAGAAAGAUUGUGACUGAUGUCGAACUCAACGAUCUAGCCAUUCGCGUCCCGCGCCAUUCGGGUUGUGCCUCCGAGGCAAUGCUUGUCAACCUUUCCGCUAUACAUGUCAGCAACUUAGAAAAUAUCACAAAGGACAGCGAAUGGCACGCGAGCUUUCGAGGAGUCAACUUCGCCGUCAAUUAUUUGUUGUCCCCCAGCGACGGAUCUUCGGGCCGUUCUAAAUUUACGUCGCCAUUUCUUCAGGAUCUAUCGGCAAAGAUGGUGCUGCGACGCAAGCCCCCAGAGAACAAAGUUCCACAGUUGUAUGCUGCUAAUUUAUCAUCAUUUAUUGACAUCGAAGUUAAGAGCCAUGUGGAAGUAGCGCUUUCCGAAGCUCAAUACACGGUGCUUUAUUUCAUACUAACAGAGAAUUUGGUCGAAACGAUUAGUGGGAAUGAGAUGUCAACAGACAUUGAAGUAAGCUCUCACUCUUUGUCGCAAGAAGAGACUGGUGCGCUUGGUUCUGCAGAAUAUCGCGGCGGAUUUAACGAAAAUCCAAGCAAACAUCUUGAAGAACUGUCCAUACCUCCUCUUGAAGCACAGGCGCAAGAGCUUAUUGUGCUUGACGUCAAUAUGGAGAUCCCCUCUCUAAGUGUUGAAAUAUCUAGAGGCUGGGAUGUAGAACAUGAACCAUGCAAAGUUAUCGGCAUGUACAGCGGCGGUGUCAAAGUUGAUCUUACAUACCGCAAGCCUUCACACUUGUUGUUUGAGUUAAGCGCAGAACUACAUUCUGCAAUUGACUUGCGGCAAGAACGUGCUCGUCCUUCUCCAUUUGCUGUUCCACUUGUAUUCGGGGGUGACUCGUCCUCGUCAAAUGAACAGAGAGAGAAUGUCACUGUCACUUACGAAAAACAUGCGGGACAGCGACCUUCGAUAGUUAUGUUUUUCCGCUCCUUGCAAACUCUGGUGGUUCCGGAGCUUUUACGAGAUCUUGCGUUUCUUGCUAUUCCUGGAUGGCCGUACCUUCGUACCUCAUCAUUUGCCCCUGAAAUUGCGUACCUGGGACGUACUUUAACGGUUGUGCUGGGAAGCUCGCAAGUCCUAUUAUCCUCAGAGGAACAUGAAGGCGAUGAUAGAGGAAUUGUUCUCACGGGAGAUUUUCAAUUGAAAGUAGACUGGAUGAGAGGAAGCGGAGCUAAGCGGAUAUCGGUGCAAUCAACGCAGCUGGAGAUGUCCGUCGUGUCAGAACUUCCGGAGGUGGAAAAGAAUCUGAAAUGCAAGAACUUGCCUUCAUAUCACGCGCAAAGGUUCAGUAGGUCACAGACACCUCUCCUUUACCCAACUGAUUCGCUGAUUGAGUACAUAGGGCCGAAGGUUGACGAAUCUGGGUGCCGUGUUGACAUUUGUGUCGAUUCUAUCCUUUGCCUCGUGAACGCCGCUGAUAUUCCUUUGCUAAGGGCCGUGUCGAGUCGACCCAACCGAAUGAAGCCAAGCUACCUCGUUCGGCGAGAUUGGAAGCAAGCCUCAGUUAUCCCAUCGCGUGAUGGACUACUAAGCGAGCCAUCGCCAAAAGAACAGCGCAACCGCGAAGCCCGGAAGAAUCUCGCUGUUGCGGUGAACAUACCAGCCGCGAGGUUUCUCAUCACAGAUGAAAGUGAUGGCCGAUUUGUGCCUAUCAUGGAAACUCGUUUCAAAUCAUUUUCGAUCAGUGCCCACAUGGGAAAUAUGUUGCAAACGGAAGGCGAAGUCGCCAUGGAUCUGUUCAAUACAAAAAAAGGAUGGUGGGAACCUGCCCUUGAGUCUUGGUUUCUUGCUGCCAGCAUGAGUUAUGGAAAGAGUGGGACGAGAGCAAUUGUGAUCAAAUCCGAGAAACGUUUGAACCUGAACGUAACGCCAACAAGUGUCACCGCCGCCAUGGCGGUCGCUAGAUCGCUGAAGAGUGCAACAAAAUUGAGAAAGGACUCUUCAGCCUCUUCUUCCACGAAGAAGAUACAAAGCAGUGAAGCGCCGCAAUAUUCGCAGCACUCAAAAGAGGGUAUCUCUCCUCGUCGGCCCAGUGUGGCGGCUUUUCUGGUAAGAAACGAGCUCGGCUUGCCCAUUGCGAUGAGCAUAACUCGAACAUCUCGGGGAACGACAAUCGCUCACAACUCUGAAGUCGAAGUAGGGGUACAAACUGAGGAGUUGCUACAUGCCUCCGAAAAUGGGCCGCAGAAGUCUCGAAGUGAUGCCCUCCGAUGUUACGUUUUUAUUGCCCGCUUCGCUGUUCAAGAAUUGUCUGCUUCUGAGGUAGGAAAGCAAUACAUUACACUUGUUCCUCAGUCAAAGCGGGAAGGGGAUCAGGGUGAGCAAAUUCGAAUUCUAUGGGAGGUGGAAAUGAUCAACGGUGUUCCAGUAGGCACGAUCCGAUCCCUUUAUCGAAUUAUGAAUAAUACAAAGAAUACUCUGGUCUUGAGAGUAGUCGAAGAAGGAGAUGGUUCCGAUAAGGAAUCUGAUUGCCGCCAAUACAUAUUACAAGCUGGACAGUACUACUCGCAGCCAAUGUUCGAGAGCGACAAAACGAUGCUAGUGCGUCCACUGACCUCUGGAAGGGUUGAGGAGACAUUAUCACAGCAAGAAAAUGCGAUAGCUGCGCAGGAAUUGUUUACCUGGAGCUCGGCGCUGCCUGGGAUAUCUUGGUUAGCGAACAAUGCCAAUGAAUUCGAACGCAAUGAGGACAAUCGGCGCCGGUCAACUGCUGCAACCCCGCGUGUAGCGCGAAUCAAAAGACCAACAGUUUGCUGUCGCAGCGCCCAAACUGGAAUUUCAGACUUUUAUAUCAGCGUUGCAGCGCGCUGCCCAGUCCAAGCCAGAAAGAAUAGCAGCAAGUAUGCCUCCUGGGUUGACGUUUCUCUUCAUGCUCCCAUCAUCCUUGAAAACAGCCUCCCCAGUUGUUUAUCGUAUAGAAUUACUCAGCGAUAUAUACCACCAACAGACCAAUCCCAGGCUUUAUUGGAGAGCGACGGCCCUGUUCUAGCAGCUGGCAUAAUUUCCCCAUUGGAAGACGCACAUUUACAUUUCGCUGGGGAAAAGCUCAGCUCAACGUUCCUCUCACUUGCAUACGAAAAUUCUACUGACCCAAGCCAUGCAAGCUCUUCUUCUGGAGACAACCUGGGCCUUGCUUCAAGAGCAUCGUUCCGAUUCGGUCCCGAGGUCAGCUUCGAGAAUAUUCGGUCGAAGAAAGCAGCUGUCGUGUUACCAUCCGCUGAGCGCACGGUAGACUCCAAAGGACAACCUCGCCGAGAUUUUCGCGCCGCGAUCAGACUCUCCAAGAAAGACGGCCGUCGAUACCAAAUUUUUGCUGGGUUCUGGAUCCGAAAUAGAUCUGAUACUGCUGUGCAUGUUUGUAGUAGGAAUUCAUUCUAUGGGGCGGGCAGUCAGCAGUUCUAUCUGCGCCACCGGCCACCUGUUGAGCAACCGGACGCUUUCGUUUGUCUUGAAGGUCCGUACCUCUCCAUUCGACUGCCUCCGGAGCCGCAAUCCGAAACACUGUCAAGGCCUGAGUUGGUGGAUCACUCAGACUGGUGGACUACUCCAUCAACGCUAGAAGACAUAACCAAACCAUUACGCGUGAAUAUUCGCGGUCGCUCUCUGGAACUUGAAGUAAGACCGGCAGUAGGACUCGAGGCUUGUACUUCAGUAAUUACGAUACGAAAUUCAGCCUGGUUAUGCAAUAACACUGCUGAAGUUCUCCAAUGGUGCCAAUCUGCCGCCGUAGACUCGCACGGAAAUUGUCGGACGAGGUUCCUGAACACUUUACAACCGUCCAAAUUCCAGGGAAUUCACUGGAGCGGAAAACCUUCUCGCGAAGCAGUACGCUUGCGACUAGCGAACAAUGACGGUCACAGUGAUUGGAUUUGGUCACCUUCGAUUCCUCUGCAUAUUGGACAUUCACGUGAACUGCCCGCGAAGAUGUAUCGCCCCAAGACGCACGAGCAGUACAUAGCAAGAGUCGCUUCGAAACCAAUAUCUGGAACAUCUACGGCAAUCGUAGUCUACCCUGAGGACCGGCAGAAUCCACCAUAUCGAAUUGUCAAUCUCUGCAGGGAUCGAGCUGUUGCGUUUUCACAGAUUGAAAGUCAGGAGCGGCCAUGGCUUGUCAGAGCCGGGAAGACAUCUCGAUAUUCGUGGGACAACCCGCUGGCAUCGUCAAGAGAUCGAUUUCUUUCAAUACGGAUUUUGGAAAAGGAAGAACUCAACUUUGGAACAGGGUCAAGUCGUUCUGAAUCAUCAUCUUCGAGGGGCUCUGGCCAUCUUCAUGAGGAGCGUGUUCUCAAUAUUGAUGUUGUUGGGGAGCGAGUGAUGGAACUCAAAGGAUCAUAUGUUCCAUCUGUGAUAGUGCAUGUGUCAGUCGACUGCGCAACAAAAAUUGUAACGUUUUCUGAGGAAGACAGCACAGGUCAAGUGUUAAUGCCGACUAGUAAAGCGGGGGUUGCUUCAGUCAUCGCUGAGGCAAACCCUGAUCCUGUUCUCGUUGUUGGGUGGGACGACAUCGGGCAGCAAUCAGAUUCGGUCAUUGGCCAACCCAACGACGGAGAUGGGGGAGAUAUUGUAAGCGAUGCGUUUGACUAUCCCGCGUCAGGAGCAAAAUAUGAAGUCGCUGCGUCGUCCAAGGGAAGUCGGGUAGACACAGACGCUGCUUUGUUUCUUGAUUCUAUUGGAAUAUCGGUCAUCACUUGCAAGCCCGCCGAACUCAUGUAUAUCUGUUUCAAGGGAGUCAUGGUGAAUUACGAAGCCUACAACGAGCUCGAAUGCCUCGCGUUGCGUAUUCAGAAUUGUCAAGUAGACAACCAGCUCCUCAGAACCCCUUACCCAGUACUCUUGUGGGUUCCGACUAGUUUUGAUACAACUGAUCGAGAUGGCAACGGAGCAAGUUCUGCGAAAGGCCGUGAUGCCGUAUCUUUCGAGUUACAACGCAAAAUGACCGAUGACGAUAUUUUAAUGAUCAACUCCUUCCAAGGAGCUGUCCACCCGUUCAACAUUUGUUUUGAAGAUGAGCUCAUUUCAGAAAUGCUUGCUUUUCUGGCAGACACAUCUAUUAUGGGAGCAUCGACAAGUCUCGAGCCUCUCGUAGGUUCUGAUACCGAGAAGAGGGACUUUGAGCAUGGACUGUACGGGAGCCGUAACGCAAGAAUUGACUCCGGAGGCCCAUCUGAAGGCUCGGCCUUUCGGCAAUCGAGUAUUCCAUCUUCGAAACGAAUUUACGUUCGUGACUUCAAGUUACUGCGCACCGCUCUUCGUUUAACCUCUUCUGGUAGUGGUACGGCUGUUGCCAAAGCCGCAGGAAUCAAUGCGUCUGCAAGGGCACUUGUCGCUUUAGUUUUGAACGUGGAAAAUUGCGAGUUCCUGUUCCCAACGUUACAUGUUCAGCACGUAUUUGAUUCUUUGCACCAUUUCGCUCUGCUAGUCCGAAAGUCUUACGAGACACAUCUCAGCAACCAGAGAAUGAAUUUAUUAGCAUCAAACGCUCUCGUUGGGAACCCAGCGGCACUAUUUGAUGCAGUCGGCACAGGUGCCAGAGAACUCUUCAAUGAGCCCGGAAAAGCGAAAGAUUCCGCCGAGUUCAUUGCAAAAGUUGGACGCGGUUCGAAGUCUCUAUUUUCCCAAACAGUUGGUGGGUUGGUGGACUCUGUCAGCAGUCUUCCGAGAGCUGUGUCAUCCGGCCUUGAGAGAGCUGUUGGAGAUAGCGAAUACUUAGCGGAGCGAGGAAGAAUUCGUGGCUCUCAAUUGUCUGGUGGGCAAGGAGGAUCGUCCGUCAAGAAUCCUGCGCAAGGUCUAGCAACUGGUGCAGUCUCAUUUGCACAUGGCAUAUCGUCAGGGGUAACGGGUUUUAUUCGCGAGCCUAUGCAGGGAGCCAAGCAAGGCGGAACUGGAGGAUUCUUCAAAGGAAUCGGAAAAGCUUUUAUUGGAGGCGUUGCUAAACCAGUGGCGGGUGCGAUCGAUCUUGUGGCUGAACCUGCUGCGGGUCUUUCACGCCAGAUGAAAUCUGUCGAUUCGACAUCAGCGAAGACUGACGCAAAUGCAGUCCCAGAACGGCCACCACGCGCUUUUCGAGGUGAAAACCAAAGUGUAGAUCCAUUCGACUUGAGAUAUGCAGUAGGGGUCUGUCUCUUCAGUGCCGUACAACUGGCUUCCGGAGUCCCUUACUCGUCUCCACUCUUGGAUUGGGUGGAACUCAGCGACAGUGAGGGCAGACGAAGCCCUGACGGAGAGCUUUGGGUAUGGAAUAUACUUCGGAGAUACGCGAGAAGCAUGCCUGGAACAAAGCGUCAAAUACGGGCUAGACAACAGACCCCAUCAGGCGAUCGACGCUCCCGCGCCCUUCAAACAAGACCUGAGAAGACCCGCAUUGCUCUCAUAACCAAAACAGAAGUUGUUGUGGUGACCAUAGAUUGCAGAAUUGUUACCAGCAUACCUUUGUGGGAUGAUUGCUCUUACAACAUUGAUGGGCAAGGAAAAGAAGUUAUUGUUCGAAUCACGUUGAAGACUGGCUGCAGUUCCGAUCCAGUAUCGGGGACAUCUGCGUUUUCGGUUGGGUCAUUGAUAUCUGCUCCAUGGGAUGCACCUGCUGUGGGGAAACGCAGAAAACCUGAAGCCGGGGAACAACUUGUUGAUCGCGUUGAUUGUGGCUCGGCUGAGGCGAGGGAUGACUUGUGUACAUAUAUGCGUCACUUAACAAAAGAAAACGGCGAAAGAAGUGGUCGAAAACUUGAAGGACGACGACCGCGAGAUAGAAUGGAAUCGUCCUCUUUUGGUGUCGAGCUUGCAUCGAUGCCGCAAUUUCAAUCUCAGGAUCCCAACUGGCAGGAGCUACAGCAGACAGGCAAGGAUGAUAAGGACAUGAAGUCAGCCGGGUUCAUGCCGAUUUUCCAGCCGUCAACGAAUUCACGUGGUGAAAAGAUGGAUACCGUUAUGGGAACUAUUGAGGAAAAAGUCUCAACGACUAUAUCUCAAGCGCCAGACAGGGCAGGUGAAAGCAGAUUGAACGACUUGCAUAUUUCGUCUGUUCGUGAAGAAUCUGGGUCAAGUUUGCGAACUCCCAAGUCGGAUACCUUUUCCCAAGAUGAAGUAUCUCUAAAACAACUGAUUGACAUCGGGUUUUCAUUUGAAGAUUCUGUCAGUGCAUUAGCAGAAGCCGGUGGCGAUUUAGUGAAGGCGGUAGAUAUCCUCACGCAAUGAAAGAGAUGCCCUCGCAUGCAGCUAUGCACGCGUUUGGAAGCAAACCUGUAACGUAGUUUAAGUAUCUUUCGUGAUUUGUCCCUCUGUGUUUAUUAUUGUUUGAAAACCAACUUCAGGAUCCGCAAAAGAGAUUAACUGGACCUAUAUCUAACGGUCAUUGCUACCUAUAAGCAGAGAUUUUUUGAAUGCCUACGCCGACCCCUGUAAAGCCGUGCAUGUAUAAAUUACACGCCGAAUCACGUCUUGUACGA